AUGACAAUCAAGCGGAAGCGCAACGACAUUUUCUCGGCGCAUGAGAAACUCGUGCACAAGAGUUGUUCAUUACUACAGCGUGAGGCCAAGAAGGUGCGCACUUUCUUAGUACGUAAGGUAGUGCAGCAACUGAAGCAGCUGCGUCUGCAGCUGGAGGAGCCUGUGCAGGAUGCGGUCAAACAACGGACGCGCGAACAAAAGCUGCGCAAUAACAUCGACAAGUUCGAGUGCGAACACGCGGCGCUUAAGGCGAUGGAACUGCAAAAGUUGGUGGCUAGAGCAAGGGUAGAGACAGGGCUGGACAAGCUGGAGACGUACACAGAGACACAGAACGAGCAUGAGAAGGCACCACACGAAUGGGAUGAGAAAGGCAGUGACAGUGAAGAGGAGAAUAGUAACGAAAGUCGAGAUUAUAAGAAGGAUACAGAUGGGGAGCUGAAGUAUAAUAUGGAUGAGGAGCAAGGAGGUGCUAAACAACAGGCUGUAGGGGUAAGGGAGAUGGUUGAGCAGGAUACUAAGCUGGAGGAGAAGCUGAUGGAUCGCAUCCUGUCUCACAAGCGAAUUGUGCCGGUACUGGACGCCAUUAAGCAGCUAGUAGAGAAGGAGGAGAAGGAAAAUGAAAAGAAGCGUCGUGCUCAGGAAAAGCGAGCGAUGAAGCGUGGUCGUCACGAGUCACUCGUCGGCAAUACGGGACGCAGUGGUGUGGUGCCGUCUUCACUGUUUCUUGGCUCUUUGUCAGGUCGUGGAGAAGCAGACGUCGACUUGAGUAUGGGAAUGGGGGAUAAUGCUAUUAUGGAUGGGGCUGACGACGACAUUGCCGAGUUCCUGGGUGAAAAGAAGAAGAGAAAGAACCGACCAGGGCAGAUGGCACGUCGGAUGAAAGCUAUUCGUAAGGAAGAAUCUUUUCAGCGCAAGGAAGACCGUGCAAAGGGCAUUUUUGUGCCUUACAAAAUUGAUUCGAGUGCUGUCAGCAAGUACGGCCCAUCCGAGCGACCGAAGAAGGCAAAAUCGAAGGCCAAGCCAAACAAAGGCGACACACAUCGGCCGAGAAGCGGCAAGUUGCGUACCGCAUCGAAAGAGCGUACGCCUCAGACUCAAAAGCAGCGUGUCUCUUAUGCCUCUAAUGCUUUGGUGGAGACUGCGCACCCGUCGUGGCUGGCAAAGCAAAAGCAAAAGGAGAAGGAGAAGGUUAGCUUAACAGCCUUUAGUGGAAAGAAGAUCACAUUCAGCUAG